UAAACCGAACCCGGAAGUCGGUUAGAUUGAGACAGGAGCGGCCGCCUCCUACUUUAUGGGCUGCUGUUUGACAGGGUGCCGUAAGUGAUGUUGGUGGUCGCGGUGGCAACGGGAAGGAUCCAGGUUGCUGCUGCUGCUGCCGCCGCCGCCGCGCGAUGGGGACCCCCUGCCGCCCCUCCCACUGUCACCCGCUGAGGGGACUCGGCGGCCUCUUUUUUUUUCUCCUAGUGGUAGGGAGGCUGGGCUGGGCCCUGCAGAAUGUCACUCCUCAGCUCUUCGGGGCCCAGGCCUUCGGGACGCUGGCCGCCUUCGGGGACUUUAACUCCGACAAGCAGACGGACCUUUUCGUCCUGAGGAAAGGCAGUCAAUUAAAUAUCUUCCUGGCAGACCAAACAGAACCCUAUUUUAAGCCCAAAGUCAACUUAUCAUUAACAAAUGUUGUGAUAACCAGUGUUGUUCCUGGUGAUUAUGAUGGUGAUUCACAAAUGGAUGUCCUCCUGACAACUCGUCCACAAAAACAACCCAAUGCUGACCUAUCUGUUUUAAUUUUCUGGGGAAAUAAUCAAACUUUAGAUGUAAAUCGUAAGUUUGUAUUAAAUAAGACAUUUCAUGAUGAGCCGCUAAUCAUGGAUUUCAAUGGUGACUUAAUUCCUGAUGUAUUUGGAGUUACAAGUGACUCUGAUAAGCCACAGGUACUGAUUGGCAGGAAUUUAUCAUGGCACGUAGCACUGGACACACAAAACAAAAUGUAUACUCCUCACUCCCAUGCAUUCAUAGAUCUGACUAACGAUUUCACUGCAGAUUUGUUUCUUACAACAUUACCAUAUUCCAACGAAAUUCAGUUUGAAAUAAGGAAAAAUCAGGAAGGAAAUUUUUCCAGCGUUACAUAUACAAAGAUGAAACCCAAAGAUGUUAAAGUUGUUGGACAGUCGGUUUUUGCUGAUUUUGAUGGUGAUGGACAGACUGAGCAUUUGCUGCCAGCCUGUGCUGAUUCAGCUUGUCAAAAGAGUGUCAUCUACCUAUCUAAACCAGAAUCAGAUCUGUGGUUUCCAGUGUUGCAAAACUUCACAUACAAAGGCACUGUAUGGGGCUUUGUUCCAUAUACAAAUGAUCCAGCUCAAACCAACUUUUCUGUUCCAAUCACCCUUCACAUUGGAGAUUAUAACAUGGAUGGCUAUCCAGAUGCACUUGCCAUACUGAAAAAUACAUCAGGAAGCAACCAGCAAGCUUUCCUGUUAGAGAAUGUUGAGUGUAAUGAUGCAAGCUGCGCGGGCGCACGCCGUAUGUUUAAAGUCUACUGGGAGCUCUCGGAUCUAAAUCAAAUCAAAGGCGCUGUGGUGGCAACCUUCUUUGACAUUUAUGAAGACGGAAUAUUGGACAUAAUUGUUCUCAGCAUGGAUAGUACAAAGGAAGAGCUUGCCAUCCACGCAUUAAAAAAUAACUUUGAAGCUGAUGCCUAUUUUGUUAAAGUCAUUGUUCUCAGUGGUCUUUGUUCCAAUGACUGUCCUCGUAAGAUAACCCCCUUUGGUGUGAAUCAGCCUGGACCUUACAUUAAGUAUACUACUGUAGAUGCAAAUGGAUACUUGAAAAAUGGCUCAGCGGGACAACUGAGUCAGUCAGCACACUUUGCCCUCCAGCUCCCAUACAAUGUGUUAGGCUUGGGACGCAGCGCUAACUUUCUUGAUCACUUGUAUGUGGGCAUUCCUCGUCCGUUGGGUGAAAAGACUAUAAGAAAACAGGAGUGGACAGCCAUUAUCCCAAACUCACAGCUUAUAGUUAUUCCAUAUCCUCACUACCUCCCUCGAAGCUGGAGUGCCAAGCUGUACCUGACCCCAAGUAAUAUUGUAUUGCUGACAGCUAUUGCCCUAAUCGGGGUCUGUGUCUUCAUCCUGGCAAUAAUCGGCAUACUUCACUGGCAAGAGAAGAAAGCAGAUGACAGGGAGAAAAGACAAGAAGCCCAUCGGUUCCAUUUUGAUGCUAUGUGACAUGCCUUAAUAUCUCGAUGAAGGACGUGCUACACAUUUGCUUGAUCUAAGAUACUGUAUUUGAGCCUACAAAGGCAAAAGGGAAGGGUAUUGUUACUGUGCUAUUUGUAAAUGUUGCAUUGGUUUUAAUUUAUCUGUAAAGUGUUAAAAUCAAGCCUAUUUCACAUGGCCUUCCAGUAAUUGGUUGUAUAUAUUGACAGAUGUUUUCUCUUUAUUUAAAAAAGCUGUGAAUUCCGCUUUAAUAAUGGAUCAUACUGCAUGUGUUCCAUUGUUUGCAUAUCCUCACUUCUGUACAAUGUUUCAUGAAAAGGAAGUUAUAUGUAAAUUUAAAAGUGAGUUUCAGUAAGCAAAAUCCCUUUUAGUGCCACUUGAAUAAGUCCUGUCACUUACACAUUCCCAAAAUGUGAAUUGCAUUCUUAUAAUUUACUCUCCAGCAAAUUGUCAUAUGAGACAAGCUAUCUCAUGCCAUUCUGACUGUACUCUAGGAUGUUUGAUCUGAAGUGCUUUGGUUACUUAUCUUUGUAUAAAUCUUUGCAUCCAAUCAAGUGAGAGGAAAAGCUUUAAAUGGAAGAUAAAAACAUCCUAAUAAGAAAAACUGAUCACAAGGUCCAUUAAUGUAUUAAUAUUUUAAGAUGGGUGCAUAUAAUUCAACUUAGAUUUUAAAUUAUGCCUUCCUAAUAUGGAAUAAUUGUGCAUGGCUUAUUCAUGGUUAUCAUGUAAUUACACUAAAUCUUAAUCAUGAAAAAUUUGACCAAUAAAAUAAAGUGGAGUUCUUGAGCAAGGAAUAGGAAGAGAAUUCACCAAGGAAAAAUAUGUUGUAUGCUAUUUCCAAAUCCUCUUAUAAUUAAGGGCUGGGCUAUGUUACAUUUUUCGUGUAAUCAUACCUGAGGCUAUGUUGCAGUUCCAAACCAAAUUUUUGUAUUUGUCAUGAAUAAGAAUAAAAAGAAUUCCAGCUAAGUUUAAAGAGCUAAUCAUUUUCCAAGUACAGAUGUUCCUUUAUUCUUAGAGAUUUAUAUAUAAUUGAUUUGAAAACUAUUGUCCUGUAUUCCUAAUAAAUUGUAUCUAUUAAGUUAAAUCAUGUAUAUUGGCUUAGUUCACAGAUGGUGGAACUAACAGUGCUUCCUUUCAGUGCAACUGAAUUGUCUGUAUGGCCACCUGGAUCAAACACUGGAUUAAUCUUGCCAUGUUGGCACUGAUAUGUAAAGGAGAAUCAAAAGGAAAAUUAAGUUUCAGAAACAGGAUACAUAAGAACAGGUGAAGCUGCCCUAUACUGAGUUGCUGAGGUCAUUGGUGUAUCUUGUGCAGUAUUGUCCACUCUGACAGCAACUCUCCUAGGUCUCGCAUGUAGACUUCCCUAGAUCUAUUGCUUGAAUUCAUUUCAAAUGCAAAUGCCGGCAACUGAAUCUGUGGUCAUCUAUAUGCAAAGCAGGUACUCUGCCACUGAGCUAUAAUUCCUGCCCAGUCAUGAUUGUUUUUUCCAUUACUUCUGCCCCAUCCUUGACAUUUCAUAGGGCAUUAGCAAGAGAGAAGCAAGAAAGUGCACAUUUGCAACUGGAAGCUCAUUUUCUGUCUAGUUGUCACAGGCCUUUCUUACAAGUAUUUGUUAAGACUUGACAAACUGUUGUCUACAUGUUGCACCAUUGUCACGGCCUAUUAGUUGAUCCUAACGUAGGGGUGGGAAGCCAUUUUAAGCCUGUGGACCUCUUUCCCUCAUGGGGAACCUUCCAGGGGCCACAUGCCAGUGGGAACAGGGCAAAGUGGUGGAGCACUGGGUGUGACUCUUCCCUUUGUUUUAUAGAACACAUUCCAGCCCUGCAAAACUCAAAGAGACUUCUACAUACAUCUGGCAAACAGGUAGUAUUAUUGCCACAUUCCAGCCAGGCAAAGGCACUCGAGGAGUGUGCAAAGCAGGGACAAUGAUAACUAGGACUUAGGGAAAAGCCCCAGUGGCUGGAUAGAGAGGCUUCAGAGCCACACUUGGCCUCAUUACCUGAGGUUCUUUAUCCCUGCUCCUAAUAGUGUGGGACUGAGCUGGUUUCUUGCCCUCUACUCCAAAGAUAAAAGCAGGGUUUGUACUGACCUAUUUCUUUCUCCCUUCAUUUUCUCUCAUCACUGUAAAUGCACAGAGAAAAUAUUACAGGGAUUGUAUUUAUUUAUUUAUAGCAUUUAUAUCUCACUUUUUUCUCACAGGGGCUCAAGGUGGCAUAUAUGGUUCUCUCCCUCCUCAUUUAAUCCCCACAACAACCUAUCUGGUAGGUUAGACUCAAAGGCAGUGACUGGCCCAAGAUCACCCAGUGAGCUUCAUGGCUGAGUGGGGAUUUGAUCCUUUUUCAGCUCAGAGACAAAAGGAGUAAGAAAUACCUGAAAUGCCUCUUCUCUUAUACUGAGGGAAAAGGGCAGGUACACAUUCCUGCUGCAAGAAGCAAAUAGCUUGGAGGUUUUCUACAUUCUGAUAAUACUACCAGGCUAAAUUCAACUGGCUUUGGUGUAUAAAGCCCUAUAUAGGACCAGGAUACCUGAAAGAUUGUCUCCACCCUUAUAUACCCAGUCGAUCACUACACUCUGCAGGUGAGGGCCUCCUGCAGAUACCAUCUCAUCAAGAGGUCCAUUCCACACAACAUAGGAAGCGGACCUUUCGUGUAGUGACACCUACCCUUUGGAAUUCUCUCCCCUUAAAUAUUAGACAGGCACCGUCUCUGUUGUCAUUUUGGCACCUACUGAAGAUCUUCCUCUUUCAACAAGCCUUUUAACCAGAAAUCUUUAUCCCAGUCUGCAUCUGUAUUGGGAUUGUUUGUUUCAAUGUUUUUUGAAGAUGCUUUAUUGUUUGAUUGCUUAUUGUUUGCAUCCUG